UUUGCUGACUCCUUCCUUUCAUUCAUUUCAUAUUUCUCUGAGUUGAAUAAGUACCUACCUACCUAUUCUGAGAUUGCUGUGCCGUAUUACGAAUUAAUUCUUAGUUUUAUGAAUUAAAUUCACAGCUUACAAUAUCAUUUCUAGUGAAUAUAUAAAUUAUAUUAUGAAGAAUGGAAUGUACGCAUUUGUUAGAUAACGUCAAAUUGGACACCGAAUUCAACGUCGAGGACACCAUAAUCACAAAGAACUUCAGUUGUUCAGUUACAGAAUGUGCAGUAAAGGAACAGAACUGGCUGUGCCUGCAAUGCGGGGCAGUGAAUUGUGGCCGAUAUGUCAACGGGCAUGCCAAGUUACAUGCAGAAAGCACUGAGCACCAGUUGUGCAUGAGCUGUGAUGUUUAUUCAGUCUACUGCUAUAAAUGUGACGACUAUGUAGCGAACGACACAGAACAACAAACAAUAGAUAAAAUAAGGCAAAGUAUUAUGCAAACUAGAACCGAUAAUGGGGCGGACGAAAAUAGCAAUAUUGAACAAAUUGAGGAAAACAGCAAGGAAGGUAGCGACGGUGGAAAUAGUUCUAUAUCUGAUACAUCGAAUGCUGUAAGCGAAAUGCCUGUGUCGCCUAACGGUGUAAAAGAAGGGGACAGAAGUCCCGACGUGACACCGAGUAGUUCUUUUAGUAAUAUAUCUGGUAUAGCUGAUAAUGCUACGCCGGAAACCAUUGAAAGUAAAUCUUCUAAAGGUGCUAAGACCACAGAAGAAAAAGUCCGUAGCUUAAGACCACGUUCACGCAAAAGAUCUCAUUCUGGAGACAGCAGUUCCGCAGAAAACUCCCAGACCGGCAGGAGUAAGGAAAAGAAGCCCUCCACGUGCAAUGGCAAGAGCCAAAGAGAAAAGAAAGUCGUAGGAUUAAAAAAUUUAGGCAACACAUGUUUCAUGAAUGCUGUGCUGCAAAGUCUGAAUAAUAUACAGGAAUUUAGCUGCUAUUUCAGUCAGCUGCCCUCUUUGGAGGUAAAGACUAACGGGCGGCAAAAAGUUUAUCAUUCAAGAAGCUAUACGAGACAAGAAAUGCAUGACGUUGUAAUGGCCGAAGAAUUGAGAAAGGUUCUAAUCAACCUGAACAGCGGUUGCGGCUCGAAGGCGGCCAUAUCUCCCGAGUGCCUGUUCCUUGUGAUCUGGAAAGUGGUGCCUAGGUUCAGGGGUUACCAGCAGCAAGACGCCCACGAAUUCUUGCGUUACAUGCUUGACAGACUACACACGGAGUUGCUACAGUUGCUGCCGCCGGACCGGGACAGUGGGUUCGUAUCCCGGACCCCCUCAGCCUCCAUCGUCACGGCCGUGUUCGGAGGCACUCUGCAGAGCGAGGUGCGUUGCUUGGCGUGCGGCACGGAAAGCAAGAAGUUCGACCCGUUCUUGGACCUGUCGCUGGAGUUGCCCGAAGUGGGGAGACACGACGCGCCCGUGGCCCUCACCGACUGUCUCACCAGCUUCGUUCAGGUGGAAGAGCUAGCGGACACGGAGCGUUACUUCUGCAGCAGCUGCAAAUGCAAGCAGAAGUCCACCAAGCAGUUCUGGAUCCGUCGGCUUCCAAAUGUCCUCUGUCUUCAUCUUAAACGGUUCCGGUGGCAUAACUAUUUCAGGACCAAAGUGGACACAGCGAUAUCGUUCCCCCUGCGUGCGUUAGACAUGUCCGGCUUCGUUCCCCGCGGUAGUAACGUUCAUACUCGGCGCUCCAAUCCACACAAUCAACUUUACGAUCUCGCCGCUGUUAUCGUACACCACGGAUCGGGCGCUGGAUCCGGCCACUACACCGCAUUCGCUAUCAACUCUUCAUCGUGGUUCCAUUUCAACGACCACACUGUCCGACCGACCAAUGCCGAAGCAGUCGCCUCGUGCAAGCCGUACAUACUGUUCUACAUCCGGCAGGAACCAACCCUGCCGCAGUCGUGACGAAAUAUGGGACUGCGAUUGAAGUGUACACGGAAUGUAUUGUGCUCCGUAUAGUGAAGUGUUCGCGAUUAAAAGUGUUCUUUAUAGUGAUCUAUUUAAGGUUUUAAACGCUCUCGACGCAGCCGCUGGCAUGAUUUACCUUUUGGGGUAAUUAUAUCAAUUGAUGUGAGCCCCACUUAUGGUGCAUUGUCAAGUCGAUAUAGUGUUAGUGUGAUUUUGAUUUAAAUGUGGAGUUCAUCAAGAUAUUAUUAACAUGAAAUUUUGAUGAUUUUUGAGCUUUAUGAUAUAGUAAUUACAGUGCAAUUCUUGAACUGUUACAGUGACAGAAACAUCCAGAUUAAUUUAUUUUCCAGGUUAUAAACCUAAUUUGAAAAGUCAGUUAAUAAUAGAAUCUUUACUGGGUUAAGGAAUCUUGGACUUUGUUCAUUUUCAAAACUAUAUCAAAACAAGGCAUUCAUAUAAAACAGGCAAGAAAUUCAAACUUGAAGAAUCAUGAAGCUCAAAUAUCAAUGGCUCACGUCACGACUACUACUGAAAGGGCGAGUUCACAUUAAGAGUCAUGUAAUAAUCUGGCGUCAAGUCUUGUAUGAACUUACUCUAAGAGAGAAGUGUCGGAGUCGAGUUGGUGUAAUAGGCAGAGGUCAUAAGAAUAUCACUCACAAUCUUUUAAUCCCUUGGUUCCCUCGAUUGAUUUUGCAUUUACUGCAGAUAUCUUGAUUCUGAUUUUCAUACAAGAUGAUUUAAUAAAAUUGAGAACGUCGGUGGUUGAACGGCUAAAAUGUGCAAGUAAUGAGUGUUGAAGCACAGUUUAUGCCUCGGCCAUGUACCAAUGACUGUUGAGUUAUGUACAUUAGUUUGAGUUCUAUCCGGACACCUUGCCGAUUCAAUCACCAAUUCUCUUUUCUCGUUUCUAAUCUUCAACUCUUACAUUAAAAACACUUUUUGCCUGGAGGCCUAGUAACGAAAGUUGACAAGUCGAACAUACUAAUCUUCUUCAAUCUUCUCUAAAUCAAAAGGUUAGUAGAGUAAGAGCUUACCUCAGGUCAGCAAAGACUGCUGACCUGAGGUAAACUAUCACAUACAUAGGGUUAAACAGAAGAUAAGACAUGUUCAAUGUUCUAAGCCUGCGAUAAUUUAUACAUGUAACUCUAGAAAUCAUUCUAUAUGCUAAAUAAGGAUCAUUUCUAAUAAAAAAGGUUGUGAAAUCGGAAAACGGUUUUUUUGUGUAUGAAAUAGAGUUUUUUUUUAUUUUAAAUAUGCUAUUUGAAAAUAUUUUUUUUGUAACUGGUGCCAAUUCACUUUUUUAUUUCCUACUAGAAAUUUUAUUUGAAAUUUUCGUUUGAAAAUUGAUGUUUAUGCUCUACUCUGUGAAUCUUUUUUUUUCUAAUUAUGAAAUAUAUAACAUUUAUGCAUUCCCAGCUAGGGUAUCUGAUUUUUGUAUGAUUUUAUUCAAAAUUGUAAACAUUACUUUAAAGCUUUAUAUACCCAAGUAUCAAGCGAAUAGUUAAGUCAAUAUUUAAUACUUAUCUAAAUGGCUUCGCAUAUUACGCCAAUCAACUAUGUAUAUAUUGACGAAAAUCCGACUCGACUAAAACUAAGCACACUUGCGACACAAUACAACACAACGCGAGGCGACUAAGUUACUAGAAUAUAAAUAAAAAUAGCAAGAAUGUACUGAAUCAAUAUAAAUAUAAAAAGGAAACUAUUACAUAAAAGUAAUGUCAUGUUAAAAGUAUUUCCUUACAAAGUACCUUGGCCUCAUCGCGUCUUGCUAUGCUAUUCUUUACAGGUCUAUUGAUCAUUUUGUUGAUUUGACAACAAAUUUUAAUUAUAAUUAAGACUUAUAUGUGUCGCCAGUGUGUUCAGUCAGUGUUAUUAAGAUUUUCAUGCGGUGCAUUUACGAACGCAAUAAACGAUUGGACUUAAAUUUUCAAAUUUAAAUAUUUAAUUUGACAGUUACAUCCGAGUGGCGUGCGUCGAGUUUGUUUAAUGCCGCGAAAGCUUUGAUAAGUACCUCGUGUAGUGUUUGCCUUUUCGAAUCAGGUCUUAAACAUGUUUAAUACUCAUAAAUAAUAAAUAGUUUACGCAGUUGUUGAGAAAUCAUUAUAUUGAGCUUAUAUUUAAGAAUACCCAAACACAUCAGACGUUUCGUUGGAAUUUAAGUAUAUGAUUAUGUGCAGCCUUUUAAAAUUUUAAGUGUAUGUAAACUGACUGUUAUUAAUUUUUGGAAAUUGGUUUUUAAAUGUAUGUUGUCUCAUAAAUGUAUGUUCUUGUUUGAAUGACUCAUCCCUAGAAUUUUUAAAAAGUCUCUCUACCUUCUGGUAGAGCUAUUUAAGUAAGGAGCUGGUAAAUAUAAAAAAGACGGCCAAGUGCGAGUCGAACUCUCGCAUGACGGGUUCCAUACCAUGCCAGCUAAGGUUUUCGGUUAAGGUUUAGAUUGAUUGAUUAAUUAAUUUGGCUGUAAUGUACUCGAUUUCCAACUAAACAUCUGUUGGUGAUUCCAAAGCAUUUUACAAAUAUUUAUGCGGACAGGCAAGGAAAUCUUUAAAUCAAGUCUUUUGAACAAUUCUUAUUGCAUGCUAUUUUACAUUCCUAUAACGAAUUAUGGUUUAACUGUGGAUUUUAGUUUGUAACAGCGUUAUAAAAUGCGAGAUAGACAUUUUUGUGUAACAUGUGAUAGUUUAACUCGUGUAUAUUGUCCUUAAACUUAUGACAUUCGCGUUACUGUUGUGCAGUUCGAGUAUUUAUUGCUGCCGAUUGAUUGUAAAAAUAAAUAAGCUUUCUCACAACAGUACCGCUAGAUUGAAGUUUGCGUUACUUGCAGACAAAUGAUUUUAUUGUGUCGUGAAAUAUUCUCUUUUUGCAAGUAUAUUGAAUAGCAGUUUUAUUUUGUAAGUACUUCAAUUACUGGAAGUUGAUAGUGAUUGAAUUUAAUAAAUUCGCCAAUUUAAACACCA